AUGGCAUUGCCAGUUGUGGUGAGCGUCUAUCGUCUGGAUCUCGAACCGUCGAAAGUCGCGCGCAGCUCGGCGAACGUCGGCGGUAUUUCCGACUUCUCUGAAAAGCGGAACCGCGGGCUACGGGAGUAUGAGGGUGAAGAUGAGCGUGCACCGAAGCGGAGUAAGUGGGACGAUGGUGUUGUGACGGUCCGGGAUGCUGGCCUGGCUGCACAAUCGAGCGCUGCAAAACUCGAUCAAGAAGCAGAGGAAAGGCUCCAGGAAGCAGAGGCAAAGCUCAAAGAUGCAGAAGCCAAGACUAACGGUAUUGAAACGAAGCUUGCGGAGGCAGAAAAGGAGGUCCAUCGCCUCAAGUCACAGUUGCACGAGAGCCACUUCUCCGCCAGCGAAGUCGAGGCAGAACUCCACGUCCACAAGCUGUACAUCAUUCGCCUCGAGGGAGAACUCCGGGAUCAACGGCAGUGCAGGCGCAACUCUGGGGGCGACAACGAGAUUUGCGACUGUCGUCGUGGCGCUGCCUAG